UCUUCAGUUUUGCAAAGGGUGAGAGAAAAUCAACUUUGUCAUCCUAAAAAAACAAAUGUAUGUCUUUUAGUGCAAUUAUUGAUGGUAUAGUUCGGCAAAGUCAAGGUUGAGCGAAACCGAGACAUCUUUUUCCACGCUCAUUUUCUUCAUCCAAAAUUUGAACAUUGAUCGUUACAUCAGCGGCCGAAUUCUCAGUUUUGGCCGGAAAGAAUGGAGUGUAGCUCCGGCAGUCGGCGCGACGAGUGGGGUAGCUACGGUGUGAGCGAGAUCGAAGAGGAGGUGUCGAGAGACGAGUUGGAGGAGAAUAGCAAUCAACAUGGAGUGUUUAAGCUGGGAAGCAUAAGAGAGGAGGAUUUGGAGGAGAGAGAGAAUGUAGUGUACGUAGCGGUGUGGAAGGAUGUGGACGAGACGCUGAGCAUGGACGCCUUGGUGUGGACGCUCAACAAUGCAGUGAUUGAUCCCUCCUCGGCUCUCGUCUUCCUCGUCCAUGUCUUUCCUGAGACCAAGUACAUCCCUUCACCUCUGGGGAGGUUACCUAUAAAUCAAGUGAACCCUGAGCAGAAGGAGAUGUUUUUGGCCGAAGAAAGCGGGAAGAGGAGAGAUCUUCUCCAAAAGUUUGUCAAUGUGUGUUCUUCUUCCCAGGUUAAAGUGGAAACUGUGCUUAUUGAAAGUGAUAUGGAGGCCAAAGCCAUACUUGAUCUCAUUCCCAUUCUCAAUAUCAGAAAACUGGUUCUUGGUGCCAGCAAGGCUUCUCUAAGAAGGAUGAGGUCCAAGAAAGGGAAUGGAGCAGCUGAUCAGAUAGUGCAGAAGGCGCCUGAGUUCUGUGAGGUUAAGAUCAUAUGUGAAGGAAAAGAAAUCUCCGAGGUGGCGACAAUGGAGACCCCAUCUCCUUCCCCUUCUUCCUCACCCAGGCCUGCACACUCUGCUCCAAACUUUUCCCAAAACAACGAACACACGACAAACGGCUCAAUUGCUUGCGGCUGUUUCAAAAUCUGAUUUAUGUUAAUCCAAGUCCAGAUUUGGCGGGAAAAAACAAAAAAAAAAAGAACAUAGCCAACAGUUGUGAGAGCCAAGACUUAAAAGUUGGGUUGCACUUCAAGAAUGAUGUUUGAGACUAUCAUGCCUUUGUUGCUUCUUAUAUCAUUUACUGCCACAAUUUGAAAAUAUUUAAGUAAUUUCAUUUGUUUAUGUAACAAGUUUGUAAAUGCUUUGUGUACUUUUAUACAAUGACUAUGUAAAUCUAUGUUGAACUUUUUAUUAUCAAACUUUCUAAAACCCUUUCAUCUAA